CCAGGCCUCUUAUGUAAAGAGCUGAAGAGGAAAUAAAAUAUACAGGAUGAAAAGAUGGCAAUGUUGCCUCCCCCAGGACCUCAGAGUUUUGUCCACUUCACAAAACAGUCUCUUGCUCUUAUUGAACAACGCAUUGCUGAAGAAAAAGCAAAGGAACCCAAAGAAGAAAAGAAAGAUGAUGAUGAAGCCCCAAAGCCAAGCAGUGACUUGGAAGCCGGCAAACAGCUGCCCUUCAUCUAUGGAGACAUUCCCCCCGGCAUGGUGUCGGAGCCCCUGCAGGACCUGGACCCCUACUAUGCAGACAAAAAAACUUUUAUAGUAUUGAACAAAGGGAAAGCAAUCUUCCGUUUCAAUGCCACACCUGCUUUGUACAUGCUAUCCCCUUUCAGUCCUCUAAGAAGAGUAUCUAUUAAGAUUUUAGUACACUCCUUAUUCAGCAUGCUUAUCAUGUGCACUAUUCUGACGAACUGCAUUUUUAUGACUAUGAGCAACCCUCCGGAUUGGACCAAAAAUGUAGAGUACACUUUCACUGGAAUAUAUACUUUUGAAUCCCUUGUAAAAAUCCUUGCAAGAGGCUUCUGUGUAGGAGAAUUCACUUUCCUUCGUGACCCAUGGAACUGGCUGGAUUUUGUCGUCAUUGUUUUUGCGUAUUUAACAGAAUUUGUAAACCUAGGCAAUGUUUCAGCUCUUCGAACUUUCAGAGUAUUGAGAGCUUUGAAAACUAUUUCUGUAAUCCCAGGCCUAAAGACCAUUGUGGGGGCCCUGAUCCAGUCAGUGAAGAAACUCUCAGAUGUCAUGAUCCUGACCGUGUUCUGCCUCAGUGUGUUUGCUCUGAUUGGCCUGCAGCUUUUCAUGGGCAACUUGAAGCAUAAAUGUCUCCGGAAUCAUCUUGAAGAAAAUGAAACAUUAGAGAUCAUAAUGAACACCAUUGAGGGCGAAGACUUGAAAAAAUAUUUUUAUUAUUUGGAGGGAUCCAAAGAUGCUCUCCUGUGUGGUUUCAGCACAGACUCAGGUCAGUGUCCAGAAGGGUACUCCUGUGUGAAGGCUGGCAGAAACCCUGAUUAUGGAUACACAAGCUUUGACACUUUCAGCUGGGCCUUCUUAGCCUUGUUUCGACUGAUGACUCAGGAUUACUGGGAAAACCUUUACCAACAAACACUACGUGCUGCUGGCAAAACUUACAUGAUUUUCUUUGUUGUGGUGAUUUUCCUGGGCUCCUUUUACCUCAUCAACUUGAUCCUGGCUGUGGUUGCCAUGGCCUAUGAAGAACAGAAUCAGGCAAACAUUGAAGAAGCUAAACAAAAAGAGUUAGAAUUUCAACAGAUGUUAGAUCGACUCAAAAAAGAGCAAGAAGAAGCUGAGGCAAUAGCAAUGGCAGCAGCUGAAUACACAAGUAUUGGGCGAAGCAGACUUAUGGGCCUCUCAGAGAGUUCUUCUGAAACAUCCAAACUAAGUUCAAAAAGUGCUAAGGAAAGAAGAAAUAGAAGAAAGAAAAAGAACCAAAAGAAACUCUCCAGUGAGGAAAAGGGGGAUGAUGAGAAGUUGUCCAAAUCGGGAUCAGACGAGAGCAUCAGAAGAAAGAGUGUCCAUCUUGGUGUUGAAGGGCACAGAAGGGCACGCGAGAAGAGACUGUCUACCCCUAAUCAGUCACCGCUCAGCAUUCGUGGCUCCUUGUUUUCUGCAAGGCGCAGCAGCAGAACAAGUCUUUUCAGUUUCAAAGGUCGGGGAAAAGAUAUAGGAUCUGAGACUGAAUUUGCUGACGAUGAGCACAGCAUUUUUGGAGACAAUGAGAGCAGACGGGGUUCACUGUUCGUGCCUCAUAGACCCUGGGAGCGGCGCAGCAGUAACAUCAGCCAGGCCAGUAGGUCUCCCCCAAUGCUGCCGGUGAAUGGGAAGAUGCACAGUGCCGUGGACUGCAAUGGUGUGGUGUCUCUGGUUGACGGACCCUCAGCCCUCAUGCUCCCCAAUGGACAGCUUCUGCCAGAGGGUACAACCACUCAAAUGCGCAAAAAACGAUGUUCCAGUUCUUAUUUUCUUUCAGAGGACAUGCUAAAUGAUCCCCAGCUCAGACAGAGAGCAAUGAGUAGAGCAAGCAUCCUAACAAAUACUGUAGAGGAACUUGAAGAAUCCAGACAAAAAUGUCCACCUUGGUGGUAUAGAUUUGCACACACAUUUUUGAUCUGGAAUUGCUCUCCAUAUUGGAUAAAAUUCAAAAAGUUUAUUCAUUUCAUUGUAAUGGAUCCUUUUGUAGAUCUCUCAAUUACCAUUUGCAUAGUUUUAAAUACAUUAUUUAUGGCUAUGGAGCACCACCCAAUGACUGAAGAAUUCAAAAAUGUUCUUAGUGUGGGAAAUUUGGUCUUUACCGGAAUCUUUGCAGCUGAAAUGGUUUUAAAAUUAAUUGCUAUGGAUCCAUAUGAAUAUUUCCAAGUAGGCUGGAAUAUUUUUGACAGCAUCAUUGUGACUUUAAGUUUAGUAGAGCUUUUUCUAGCCGAUGUGGAAGGAUUAUCAGUUCUGCGAUCAUUCAGACUGCUCCGCGUCUUCAAGUUGGCAAAGUCCUGGCCCACGCUGAACAUGCUAAUAAAAAUCAUUGGCAACUCAGUGGGGGCUCUGGGAAACCUCACCUUGGUGUUGGCCAUCAUCGUCUUCAUCUUCGCCGUGGUUGGCAUGCAGCUCUUCGGCAAAAGCUACAAAGACUGUGUCUGCAAGAUCAAUGAUGAUUGCGAACUCCCACGCUGGCACAUGAAUGACUUCUUCCACUCCUUCCUGAUCGUGUUCCGUGUGCUGUGCGGAGAGUGGAUAGAGACCAUGUGGGACUGCAUGGAGGUCGCUGGCCAAGCCAUGUGCCUUAUUGUAUACAUGAUGGUCAUGGUGAUCGGAAACCUAGUGGUCCUGAACCUAUUUCUGGCUUUAUUAUUGAGUUCAUUCAGUUCUGACAAUCUUACAGCAAUUGAGGAAGACACUGAUGCAAACAACCUCCAGAUUGCAGUGGCCAGAAUUAAAAGGGGAAUAAAUUAUGUGAAACAGACUUUACGUGAAUUCAUUCUAAAAGCGUUUUCCAAAAAGUCAAAGAUUUCUAAGGAGAAAAGACAAGCACAAGAUGUAAGCAACAAAAAGGAAAACUGUAUCUCAAACCGUACACUGGCUGAGAUGAACAAAGAUCACUAUUUCCACAAGGGAAAAGAUAAAGUCAGUGGUUAUGGAAGCAGUGAGGACAAAAACUUGAUGGAAGAAAGUGAUUAUCAAUCAUUCAUUCAUAAUCCCAGCCUCACAGUGACAGUGCCAAUUGCACCUGGGGAGUCUGAUUUGGAAAUCAUGAAUACUGAGGAACUUAGCAGUGAUUCUGAUAGUGACUACAGCAAAGAGAGAUUGAACCAGUCGAGUUCCUCUGAAUGCAGCACAGUUGAUAACCCUCUGCCAGGAGAAGGAGAAGAAGCGGAGGCUGAACCUGUGAAUUCAGAUGAACCAGAAGCCUGUUUUACAGAUGGUUGUGUACGGAGAUUUCCAUGCUGCCAAGUUAACGUAGAGUCAGGCAAAGGAAAAAUCUGGUGGAACAUUAGGAAAACCUGCUAUAGGAUAGUCGAACACAGUUGGUUUGAAAGCUUCAUUGUUCUUAUGAUCCUUCUCAGCAGUGGAGCUCUGGCUUUUGAAGAUAUAUAUAUUGAAAAGAAAAAGACUAUUAGGACUAUCCUGGAUUAUGCUGACAAGAUAUUCACCUACAUCUUCAUUUUGGAAAUGCUUCUAAAAUGGGUAGCAUAUGGUUAUAAAACAUAUUUCACCAAUGCUUGGUGUUGGCUGGAUUUCUUAAUUGUUGAUGUUUCUUUGGUUACUUUAGUAGCCAGCACUCUUGGCUAUUCAGACCUUGGCCCCAUUAAAUCCCUUCGGACGCUGAGAGCUUUAAGACCUCUAAGAGCCUUAUCUAGAUUUGAAGGAAUGAGGGUGGUUGUGAAUGCACUUAUAGGGGCAAUUCCUUCCAUCAUGAAUGUGCUUCUCGUAUGUCUGAUAUUCUGGCUAAUAUUUAGCAUUAUGGGAGUAAAUUUGUUUGCUGGGAAGUUCUAUGAGUGUGUUAACACCACAGAUGGGACAAGGUUUCCUAUAAAUCAAGUUGAAAAUCGUUCCGAGUGCUUUGCUCUUAUGAAUGCUAGCACAAAUGUGCGAUGGAAAAACCUAAAAGUGAACUUUGAUAAUGUUGGACUUGGUUACCUGUCUCUGCUUCAAGUUGCAACAUUUAAAGGAUGGAUGGAUAUUAUGUAUGCAGCAGUUGAUUCUGUUAAUGUAGAUAAGCAGCCCAUAUAUGAAUACAACCUCUACAUGUACAUUUAUUUUGUCAUCUUUAUCAUCUUUGGGUCAUUCUUCACUUUGAAUUUGUUCAUUGGUGUCAUCAUAGAUAAUUUCAACCAACAGAAAAAGAAGCUUGGAGGUCAAGAUAUCUUUAUGACAGAAGAACAGAAGAAAUACUAUAAUGCAAUGAAAAAGCUGGGUUCCAAGAAGCCACAAAAGCCAAUUCCUCGGCCAGGGAACAAAUUCCAGGGAUGUAUAUUUGACCUAGUAACAAACCAGGCUUUUGAUAUCUCUAUCAUGGUUCUUAUCUGCCUCAACAUGAUAACCAUGAUGGUUGAAAAAGAGGGACAAAGUGAAUACAUGACUGAUGUUUUGUACUGGAUAAACGUGGUCUUUAUCAUCCUUUUCACUGGAGAAUGUGUGCUGAAGCUGAUCUCCCUCAGACAUUACUACUUCACUGUGGGAUGGAACAUUUUUGAUUUUGUGGUUGUGAUCCUCUCCAUUGUAGGAAUGUUCCUAGCAGAGCUGAUCGAGAAAUAUUUUGUGUCCCCGACCCUGUUCCGAGUGAUCCGACUUGCCAGGAUUGGUCGCAUCCUACGUCUGAUCAAAGGAGCAAAGGGGAUCCGCACGCUGCUCUUCGCUUUGAUGAUGUCCCUGCCUGCAUUGUUUAACAUCGGCCUCCUGCUCUUCCUGGUCAUGUUCAUCUACGCCAUCUUUGGAAUGUCCAACUUCGCCUAUGUUAAAAAGGAAGCUGGAAUUAAUGACAUGCUCAACUUUGAAACCUUUGGGAACAGCAUGAUCUGCUUGUUCCAAAUUACCACCUCUGCGGGCUGGGAUGGAUUGCUGGCACCCAUUCUCAACAGUGGACCUCCUGACUGUGACCCCAAAAAAGUUCACCCAGGAACUUCAGUUGAAGGAGACUGCGGUAGCCCAUCUGUUGGGAUUUUCUAUUUUGUCAGCUACAUCAUUAUAUCCUUCCUGGUUGUGGUGAACAUGUACAUCGCUGUCAUCCUGGAGAACUUCAGUGUUGCCACUGAAGAAAGUACAGAGCCCCUGAGUGAGGAUGACUUUGAGAUGUUUUAUGAGGUUUGGGAGAAGUUUGAUCCUGAUGCGACUCAGUUCAUAGAAUAUAGCAAACUCUCAGAUUUUGCAGCUGCCCUGGAUCCUCCUCUUCUCAUAGCAAAACCAAACAAAGUCCAGCUCAUUGCCAUGGACUUGCCCAUGGUCAGUGGAGACCGGAUCCACUGCCUCGACAUCUUAUUUGCUUUUACAAAGCGUGUUUUGGGUGAGAGUGGAGAGAUGGAUGUCCUUCGUUCACAGAUGGAAGAAAGAUUUAUGUCUGCAAAUCCUUCGAAAGUGUCCUAUGAACCUAUCACAACUACACUAAAACGAAAACAAGAGGAUGUGUCUGCUACUGUCAUUCAGCGUGCUUACCAACGUUACCGCUUAAGGCAAAAUGUCAAAAAUAUAUCAAGUAUAUACAUAAAAGAUGGCGACAAAGAUGAUGACUUGCCCAAUAAAGAAGAUAUAGUUUUUGAUAAUGCUAAUGAGAACUCAAGCCCAGAGAAAGCAGAUGCAACUCCAUCCACCAUCUCUCCACCUUCAUAUGAUAGUGUAACAAAGCCAGACAAAGAGAAAUAUGAAACAGACAAAACAGAAAAGGAAGACAAAGAGAAAGAUGGAGAAGACAAAUAA